AUGGGCAGACUCGACGGCAAGGUCGCCAUCGUCACCGGCGGCGCCUCCGGCUUCGGCAAGGGCAUUGUGGCCAAGUUCAUCGCCGAGGGCGCCAAGGUGCUCAUCGCAGACCUGGCCGAGGACGCCGGCAAGGCCGUGGCCAGCGAGCUCGGCGGCAGCGCGGGCGCAGCAGCCUUCGCCCGGGGCAACGUGACGAGCCGCGAAGACUGGGCGAACCUGCUGCGCGUCAGCAUCGACACGUUCGGCGGGCUCGACAUUGUGGUCAACAACGCCGGCGCGUCGUACACCAACAAGGCCACCGAAGACGUCACGGACAAGGAGUUUGACCUCGUCUUCGACGUCAAUGUCAAGUCCAUCUACCUGUCGGCGAGCGUGCUGCUGCCGUAUUUCCUGGACAGUGGGCGGCCCGGGUGCUUCAUCCAGGUUGCCUCGACGGCUGGGGUCAGGCCCAGGCCGAGAUUGACGUGGUACAAUGCGUCCAAGGCGGCGGCUAUCAAUGCUACCAAGACCAUGGCCGUGGAGUACGGGCCCAAGCAGAUCCGUUUCAACGCCGUGUCGCCUGUCAUUGGCAGCACGGGCAUGACGCAUCUCUUCAUCGGCAAGGAGAACACGGAGGAGAACCGCAAGGCUUUCGAGUCGGUCAUCCCGCUGGGCAGGGGUUCCACGCCGCAGGAUGUCGCCAAUGCUGUGACAUACCUGGCGAGCGAAGAGGCCGGUUUCAUCACGGGCGUCAACAUCGAGGUGGACGGUGGGCGCUGUGUCUAG